CGGAUGUUUCUUCCCGGAGAAGAUAUUAAUCGUACCAGUGAAGGUUGUAUUGAAUGCCUCUUUUACUGUCUAUGAUAUUUCUGUACAUAACUAGCGAAUUAAUCGUACUUUCGUAAAAGCAAUGUUGUAGUAAUAUAAAUGUUUGUCAAACUAGUAUGAAAGGUGCACCGGUAAGCUGUAACGUUCUCUCGAGUGCGGGAUUUCUAGGGUUUACUCGGCUAUGACAGAGAUUCUACGAAGAUUCCACGGUGGUUUUCUAAAACUGGCCCUGUUCCCCUGCACCUUUAGAAAUAAAGCGCCUUGUCCCGCUGCCUCUGAAGUACUAACAUGUCACCUCACGCAGCGCGCGCUGCCGCCUUGGACGUCAUUCUGUGUGCGCUACCGGGACGUCAUCAACGACCAGUUCGGUCUGUCUAACUUCAACUGGCAGGUGCAGGGAGCGAACUACCACAUUCUAAGGACCGGUGCAUUCCCUUUUAUCAAAUACCACUGCACUAAAGCACCUCCACAGAACCUGGAGUUUGAAAAUAAGUUUUUUGGGGCAUUGAAAGUCAUCAAUCUGGGUAUCCCAUGCUUGGCAUAUGGCUUGGGUUCAUGGAUGGUAGUUGGAGUGACAGAGACGGUUCAGACCUCUGCAGGACCUGUUACUGUUUACUUUGCAUACAAGGAGGUGGAGGGUGCUCAGUUCUAAUAUCAGAGACACAAUGAGUAUUUAAAAAGAGUUGAGUUGCACAAGAAAAUGUUUGUCACAGGCUAUCGGAAAACUUGUACAAAUGGCCAAGUGCGACCUGAAUUACCAACUGCACUUUUGCACAAAAAAUAAACAAAUAAAU